AUGAGCGAAUCACGCAGCACGCUGGAGAGAUCUCUGAGUGUGGCGGCGUCGAAGGGAGAUGACUGCAAACUGCAGAGCUUGCUCGACAGCAUUUCCUCCUCAUCGAAGAAAAUUAACAUCAACUAUCGCGACGCGAACGGCACCACGGCAGUCCAUCACGCCGCCUUCAAUGGGCGGCUGAGAUGUUUGCGAGUGCUGAAGCGCUAUGGGGCCAAUCUCGACCUCCCUGAUGAGGAAGGCUGUACGCCGCUACACAACGCCGCAUUCCAGGGCCACGCCGACUGCAUCGACUUCCUUCUUCGAUCAGGGGUGGCGGUUGAUCACCACGACAUCGAUCACUCGACAGCGCUCCACAAGGCGGCGUUCAAUGGAAAUCGCUCUUGCCUCGAGAUACUCCUCAAGAAGGGCGCAGCUGUGGACAGCACCGACGUGCUUGGCAUCUCGGCCCUCCAGAAGGCCGCCUGUAACGGCCAUCUCGAGUGCCUGGAGCUGCUGCACGAGUACGCGGCUGACGUCAACAGCCGCGACAACACCCAAUCGACGGCGCUGCACAAGACCGCCUUCAGGGGUCACUUCGAGUGCGCUCGAUUCCUGGUGGAGAAGGGCAGCGCGCAGGUCGAUUGCAGAGAUGUCGAGGGCACGACUCCUCUUCACAAUGCGUCGUACGGGGGCUAUGGAUCGUGCAUCAAGCUCCUCCUCAGCCAUGGGGCGGCCAUCAACGUCCCAUCGAACAGCGGCGCAAGCCCCCUGCACUACGCCGCGGCUCGAGGCCAUCCGAAAUGCGUCGCCAUGCUCAUCGCGCAAGGGGCCGACAUUAAUCAACAGGACGCUCGGGGGAUGACGCCCCUUCAUCUUGCUGCGCUCGAAGAACACAAGGAGUGCAUCACCACGCUGCUCGAGAGCGGCGCCAAUCCCGAGCUGCGCAACACCGACCGCAAGACGCCCGCAGAUCUCGUCACCAGCAAGCGCACGCUGGCCCUGUUCGAGAGCGUCACGAAGCGGAGGCGCAGCAGCUCGGCCUCUUCUCCCACCACCGGCUCGCUUCGCGUCAAGGCACCACCUCCCCCCCGUUCUUCUCUCCUCUUUGCACUCCAGAACCCUAACCCACACGCGACCACCGGCGAGCAGAGCACCAAGCAGUCGAAGAGGAAGGAGCUCUUCCGCGGCGAGCAAUCGGAGCGGCCGCUGCGGCUAUCUGACAAAGAAGGCGAGACGGGCUCGUCCAAAGGACGAAGGUCGAGCAGGGCUGAUCUCCACGGCGUCGAAGGUACCGAAGGAAACGGUGGAGCGAAGGAAAAGAACAGUGGCAGCCAACUGCGCCGCGGGACAAGCGAGCGUCGACCAUCGCGAGCGGAGUCGAUGAGCAUGGGCAGCACCAGGGACCGGGAGAAGGAGAAGGAGAAGACCACCAGCCAUGACCGGAAGCGGGAGCGAGGGGUCAAGGGCGAGGAGGACGGCGGCGGCAGCGGCAUCGGCAGCAAGAUCUCGGGAGCGUCGUCGAACAGCGAACAACAGAACGGGAGCAGCGCCAACCACUGGGCCUACGAAGGCGCCACGGACGGCGCCGCCACGAAUGGGCACAACAGCAUGGAGCAAGACCCGGAGGAACAGGCGCGACUCAACGCCAAAUUCGAUCGCUACGGGUUCCCCAAGCGAGACGAACGGGAGGCGGACUUUGAGUUGGAAAGCAAGAAGAAGGAGAUCAAGCGCGAACUGAAGUGGGCCGAAAUGCUGGGGUCGUGGGACAACAAAAAGUGGAAGGGCAAGUUGCGAGAAAGGGUGCUCAAAGGGAUUCCUGACUCGGUGCGCGGCGAAGUGUGGAAGCACCUCACGCGCUCCUCUCAGCUCAAAACCUCGCACCAGUCGGGAACAUACAAGGCUCUGCUCAAGCAGGAGACGCCCAGCGAGGAUCAGAUCACGCGAGACAUCAACCGAACAUUUCCGCGUCACAUUUUGUUCCAAGACCAGGGUGGUCUUGGCCAGCAGGCGUACGCGGUCUACAAUCCGAACGUGGGAUACUGCCAAGGGAUGGGAUUCAUCACCGGCCUUUUGCUUAUGGACUACGAGCUGGAACCGAUGUUUUUGCCUGGACUGCCUGGGCUGGGGCGAUGCACCUUCAUCCUGGACAACCUUUUGCAGUCAUUCAUGCCCGACAUCGCCAAACACCUGGAAAACGAGAGGGUGAUCAGCAGCAUGUUCGCCACACAGUGGUUCAUCACGGUCUAUACCUACAACAUGCCUUUCUCCAUCGUCCUCCGCAUGUGGGACGUGUUCCUGCAGGAGGGCUAUGCUGCUGCAUUCGUGUUUGCCAUCGCCCUGUUCAAGAUAUUCGCGGACCAGAUCAGAAAGAAGUCCUUCGAGGGUCUCCUGCGGUUCCUCAAGUUCGAUCCAGAUGAGGAGUCGGAGCCGUUCCCCAAACUCGAUCCGGAGAAGCUCAUCAAGACGUACAACAAACUGCACGACAAGGUCAUCAGCAAGCUCGAACCCCUUUCGGAGAAGUACCGAGUUAUUCGGGAGCAAGAAGAGCGAGCCGAGCUGGCGGCGAUGGCCGCCCGAGCAAACCGAUCAAAGAAGACCGGAAACGCGGACGAAUGA